AUGGUAGUACCAAGUGGAGUAAAGUAUGGUGUAUUCUAUACAUUUCCAAGCAAUAAACAGAAACUACUUUCCCAAAUAAAUCAAUCUCAAUUGCUCACUUCAUUAUGGAAAACUAAUACAAAUAACUCUGAAAGUAGUAAUAUCAACUCACCAACUACUAUACCAAUACCUAUUAGACCUAAGAAACAAGUAUAUGAACAAGUAACACAAGAAAACCCAACUAAGGGGAAACUUAUACUCAAAUCAAAACAAUUGUAUCAUUAUGCUAAAGAACUUCUUAAGUUUUAUCGUAUAGGUAUUAAUAAUGUAUGGACCAAUUUAAAAACCAUGAGACAAUUAAAGAAACAUAAAUAUAAGAUAUCAAACCAAUUAGAUGCUAAGGGUAAAUCAGUUGCUAUCAGGUUACCAAAUUUCCCUAAAUUAACCGAAAUAAUGGCACAAUCAAUGUAUAUGAGUAAAGUUGAACAUAAAGUAUCUCAAGAUAAGAUAUCCAAACAACAACAAGACAGCUCAACCUAUGUCAAGAGGCAAUCGUCUUCCCCUAGUGCUCCUACCGCACCCAAUAGCAAAUCCACCUCCCAGGCCACCCUAAUCGAUCCAAACCUAUUCUCGCUCUCUCGUCAAGAAUACCAAAUCCUCAAACGAUCCCCCAAAGACUCACUCAAACUUCCAUUAUUCGCCGUUACAUUCUUAAUAUUCGAAGAACUUACCCCAUUAUUAUGUCUCCUCAUCCCAGAAUUGUCCCCUAGGACAUGUAUACUCCCCCAGCUCCUUCCCAAGAUCUAUCCCCCUACACCCCGCGAACAUCUCCAUAAAUCGGCCGAAUCAUUGAAUGAUGAACGUAAGAUUGAUUUAGCAUUAAAAACGGCAUAUAAUCUCGAUUAUGCCCGACUCAAAUUAUUAAGUCAAUCUUUGAGAUUGACUAGUCGAUAUGUGCCGAUUUCUUUAUAUCCUGAGAAUAUGUUACGGGUUAGAUUACAACAAUAUUUGAAUUAUUUACGAGUUGAUAAUUAUUAUUUGAGUGGAUUGAGUGGAGAAGAUAAUUUAUGGAAUCUUGAUGAACAAGAAUUGAUUAUUGCUUGUUUGGAAAGAAAUUUGAUUGAGGAUAUUAGUGAAUAUGUGAAAUUGAAACAAGAAGGUUUGGAUAGUGUUGAAUUGGAUGAAUAUUGUAAUAGGUUAAGAUUACGAUUGUUACAAUUUUUAAUUGAUUUUCCAAAGUACAAUAUCGGGAUGUUAUGUAUUGACAAUCCAAUUCCAUUAGAUCAUCAACAAAUCAUCACCUGGAGAGAAAACUAG